AGUAGUCGCAAAAACAGAUGAGUCGAGAGGAGACGCAUCAUUUUUCCACAAUUUUUCUUAGUUUUCUGUGAGAAAUGAGCUUACAUCAGAAGCGAAAAUUAGUGUCCAGCAUCGAGGGAUGUCGCCCAUCUCUCCACAAUGGUCAGUUGCUGGUAUCCACUGGGAAUUCUUCAAUUGAUCACAUAAUUGGCGGUGGCAUGCCACUGGGAACGAUUCUCCUGAUAGAGGAGGACAAGUACAAUAGCUAUGCAAAGGUGCUCUGUCGAUAUUUUCUCGCUGAGGGUGUCUAUAGGAAGCAUUCAGUGUUUCUGGCCACCAAGGAGGACAAUGCUGAUGAUUUUGUCCGGAAGCUUCCUCAAGCCAUUGAGGAGGUGCCUGAGAAACGGACAGAGUUGAGAAAUGUUGAGGAAGAGAUGAGAAUAGCAUGGAGAUACAAUGAUUUGCCAAAAGUGAGCCUGGAGCAGGGUUCAAAGAGAGAUUAUCAUUUUGAUUUGUCCAGGAAUGUACCUCAGGGUGACAUUGACACCUGUGACAUUACAAGUAUUGGGAGUAAUGAGAAUUUUGGGCAAUUGCAAAAAGCUCUAAAAGAGAAAUUAUCCGAUAAAUGCUUUAAAUUGUCUGAGGAGUCAGAAAAGAAACUCCUCAGGAUCUGUCUGAAUUCCCUGGGUUCACCACUCUGGUGGACCAAGGAAGAUUUUGAAGGGAAAUUGGUGAGAUUUUUAGUGAUCCUGAGGAGCUUGAUGCGGAAUUCCACAGCUGUUUGCAUGAUUUCAAUCCCAACUCAUCUCUUCCAUUGCCUGGAGCCUAAACUCCUGGCCAGGCUGAGGAAUCUCGUGGACUAUGCCAUAGAAAUUGAGUCAUUCAGUGGUGCUGAGGCUGAAACCAAUGCCAUGUACCGGGAAUACCAUGGUCUUGUGCAUAUUCACAGAAUUACAGCUGUGAACACUUUGGCACCUUUCCGGCCAGAAACCUUCGAUCUGGCGUUCAAGCAGCGCCGGAAGAAGUUCGUGGUGGAGAAACUCCAUCUGCCUCCAGACAUUGCUGAGCUCAGUGACACUCUUGUGCCUCGUCCGGGACUCUCCUGCAGCUCGGCUGUUGCUCCAGGGACUCGAUCACUGGACUUCUGACUCCGACGCAUGGCGGGAACGAUCUGACGCUGUGGAUGAGGCAGAUGUGGUGGAAUUUGGUGAGCGUCAAAAAGUUUCCGCUUGGCUGGCAUUUCCUUCCUUCCAUAGAGCACACAAAAGCUUUCAAAGUAAACCCUUUUAAGCUUAUGGUAUUUGGGAUUCUUUUGCAGGAAAUUACGUAAAUAAAAAACAAUUCCCCUCGCAACGAAAUUACUGAUAAUCCUGAUAAGCAUGUCAAUUAUUUUUCAAUGGUUUUAUUUAUUUGUUUUUAUUUUUAAUAAGAUUUAGCACCCCUGGCGGAAAUUUACUGCACUUUCAAUGUCCUAAAAAGUUGCUGUGUGAUAGAUUUAGAUUUUAUCCUAAAAGAAACAACUAGGCCUUAGCAAAAAAAAAACCUUUCCGUUUGAUUAAUUUCUUGUUUUAUUUUUUAAUAUGAACCCAUUUGUUGACAAAUGGAAAAUUCCUAAAUACUUAAGAAUAUCACAACUUUAGGUGCCUUCCGCUAGGGGUGCUAAAAUCAGACAAAAUCCAUUAUCAAGUUUUUAGUGUAAAUGUCUCCAAAUCCUGACUUUCAAUUUUAAUGAAAUUUUUGUUGAUGCCUAAUAUAAAAAGUUAAAUUUUAAGCAUAUUUUCUAAAUCAUUUUAAAUAUAUAAUCGUUUACACAGAAAAAAAAA